CCUAACGGUUAUCGUCGCCAUUUUUUACUACCUGUCGACCACUGCGAUGUACGCCUCCGGGGACGAUGACGAACCUCAGUACGUGCCAGAGCCAGUUGCUAAAGUCGUUCACAUUGUGAAGCCCAAGUUACCUGCAAAGAAGAAGCUAACAGGCCAUUCUAGUAACGUGAAGUAUGCGCACUACUACGCCGGCAACCUGUGUCUGGAGCCCAACCCGUUCGUGCCGCUUACAUCGGAGCCCUACUUCAAUAGGACGUCAAAGGAGAUGCUGAAGGUGUACUACAGGUGCAUAGGAGGGCUCAUGGGCUUCGUCGUGUGCGGCUACAAGAAGAAACCCGUCACCGACCUCUGCGUCCUCUUCGAGAAAAAGUGUUGGCAGGUGAUGCUGGAAACACCAAACGAACUGGAAGCCAUCUUGGAACGACGCAAACGACUGGAAAAAUGCCUUGGAAGAAUUUUCAUCGGCUAA